ACAGCAGGCGCAGCCGGCCCUGACAUCCGCAGGGCUGGGUUCAUCACCAUCGGCUACCGCGGCUCCUACACGCUGGGCAGGGACAGCCAGACGGAUGCCAAGUUCCGCCGGGUGGCGCGGAUCAUGGUCUGCGGCAAGACGUCGCUGGCCAAGGAGGUUUUUGGGGAUACCUUGAAUGAGAGCAGGGACCCGGACAGGCCUCCGGAGAGGUACACCUCCCGGUACUACCUCAAAUUCACCUUCCUGGAGCAAGCCUUUGACAAACUGGCUGACGCUGGCUUCCACAUGGUGGCUUGCAACUCCACAGGCACCUGUGCCUUCGCCCACGACCAGACAGACGACAGGAUCUGGACCUCUUACACCGAAUAUGUUUUCUAUCGUGAGUGACACCAAAAAUAAACACCUGUCCAACCACCGAACGCCAACUCUCCCUUUCCUCUCCUGUUGCCUUUAGAAGUAGACAUCCAUCCCCUGAAUCCCAGUGUCCCCCUUUUGUCUCCUUUUUGAGUUUGUUCUUGGGUUUUUUCCCUUCCUUCCUCUACAUUGAUCCUGUUUGGCUCCUCCUUGUAGCAGCUGUUGACCACCAGACUCCUUUCCUCUCUCCAAAUCCUGCAGUAGAUCCCAACCCUCCCGGACGUGUGGACUUGGACAUUGGCACAGCACGUUUUUUGGGUGGGAGGGGUGGGACACCGAACUGUGCCAGGAUCCCAUCUGUGCCAGGAUCCCAUCUGCCCAGGAUCCAUCUGUGAUGGAUACCGAACUCAGCUCUCAUGCUCUAUGUCCCGCAGCCAAGUGGGACCAUGCUGCAGACACUGUGCUUGAGCAUCCGAGGAGCUCAAGUGUUGGGUUAAGGACAUGGAGAAAGGUGGGCAGCAGAGAGGAAGGCAGCUGGAGGGAAGAUGCAGCCUCACAGCAUGGAUAUAUUGCCAUUAGCUCCUGUAAGCAGCUUAGCAUUUCGACUGUCGGUGCUGGGGAAGGUUAGCUAAAGCCACACCCUCACCUUGUGUCAGGGUUUCUAGUUCGAAGCAUCACUGCUGCCCUGGGGUGCCUCAGUGGGGGGGAUGGGGUGGGUAGGGGCUGAGAUGCUUGUUGGGGGGAGGUGGGCGGGGGGAGGCUUGUUACUAUAGGGCGUCAAAUGCUUACACAUCCCUCAAACUCCUCGGAGGGCUGUCCAAAAUGUGCCCUCCCCUCUCUGCAGGCUGCAGGGGGAUGGGUUAGGAUCAUCUGGGCUCAGCCUCUGUAGGUCCAAAGGAAUAAUUGCCAAAUGUGAAUACUGUUGCACUUUGGGCAGCCUCUCUGAAGGUCUCUCCACUCGCAGCUCUCUGCAGCCUCUCAGGGCUGGCUGCUGCUUUGCUGGGCGAUGUGUAAUAAAGGAACAAAACCCA